AUGGAAUUGGUUUGUACAACUGACGUGCUCCGGGAGGUCUCAUUCCGAGGUAUCGAGCACCAACCAGGUCUAAUAAAGGAGGGGCCAAGCUUACGGCCUUUCCUUGUUCGAUGCUGCAUGGCGGGAAAUGGACAUGCAGCGACAAUUAAUUUACUACAGUCGCAAAACAGUGUCAGCCGAACCUGUGGGUUCGCACUGUUGCUAUUAUGUUUUGGCAUGGACCGUGACAGUGAAGGAAGACAAGCCAUGGAGGAGUAUAAGGUUACGUGUGGUUCGUUUGACAUAGCUGUGAGAGUAGGGAGGCGAACAUUCUGGGACAUAUCUAAAAUCGGGCCAACGCGAAGGCUCAUCCGUUGUACGACAUGGCAACCAUUAUUGAUAGUACCCCCAUCAGCUCCGGCUCCGGAUUGUGAGGAUUACAAUACACUAAACUCGUGUGCCACAUGUUUGUUUUGGUGGAGGCGACCAUGGUGGCCACUAGGGAUGUUUCUUCCUCCCAAACGUAUGUGA